AUCGUCAUCACUAUCUUUUCGUUCUCGCUAGAGUGGCAAUGCAGAGGUCAAAACUACAGAGUUUGAUGGCUGUUCUCUGCAGUUUCGUAACCACGAUAUCCUGAACGAACUGAGGAGCCUAAACCCUAAUUUCUCACCAUUAGAGGAACUUGAAGAAAUGGCGAUGGCCUUCUCGAACGUCUUCCAAUGCUCCAAUUAUCGUUUCUCUCUGAGGAAACCUUUAGCUUCACGUGGUCUAUCUCCGUCUCCGUUUGUUAGGUUUUCUAGAACACCUCCCCGGAAGUCCAUGGUGGUUUUUAUGGCUGCAUCUGCUUCAGGAAGUUCUAAUCCCAAUAGUGAUGUUAACCCAUAUGAGGUUCUUGGUGUAAGCCCCAUAGAAGGAUUUGAUAUGAUUAAGGCAGCAUAUACAAGGAAACGGAAGGAAGCUGAGAGAAGAGGUGAUGAAGCAACUGCUGCCCUUUUGGAGAAGGCAUAUGAUAAAGUCAUGAUGGCACAACUCACAAAUAGGAAGAAGGGGCUAACAUUCGGUUCAUUUAAGGUAUCAAAGGACAUCAAAUAUGCUGAUAAGCAACCGAUUGUGCCAUGGGUCCCAAGGUUCACCAAGUCUAGUGUUCAGGACAUGCGCAUCAACGUGGCCAUAUCUGCUUUCUUUACAGCUUGGAUUCUAAUAAAACGUAACGCUGAAUGGAAACCUCUACAGUUCUUAGCAUUUGUGUUUGUGUACCGAAUAUUUGAGAAAUUGAAGUCUUUUGAACAGCCUGUGUCUCCUACAUUCACUGAAGAUGGUGAAGACGAAGGAAGGGCAUUGCGAAUGGGAAAACGCCUACUUCGCUCUCUUGCCAUAGUUUUUGGCUGUAUAGCUGUCUCCUCCUUGGGGUUCACUGGUGUCCUCAAUUUGAUUGAGCUAGUUGGUCAAUAUAUACCUGCUUUUCUGUAUAAUAAUCAGGAACUAUUUGUGACCACUGCUACUGCUGUCAUUCUCUACAUUAUGGCUUCUUACUACAGAUGAUAAUAAGCAAUCCAGUGGGUUGUUGGUAAUUGAUUCUAUUUUGUGUUCAAAUUUUGGCUGUUAAAUUAGUUAUUUUAUUUCCGUUAAAAUUAGGAAAGAAAAGGGGGGAACGAGAAAGGAGAAAGCUAGAUUUUAAAGUAAUCAAUACAUGGCAUCAAAGUUUUCCUAGUUAAUAAGAUGAUUAGCAAGGAUUUACAGUUAUUGGAAGCCAGGAAAUGUAGAUCGCUCAUGCAAUGCAUAAUUAUACCUGCCUUGGUAAGACUUCGGGUCAAUUGUUUUGAACCA